AUGGACGCCGACCCCUCGUCCUCGCCGCUGCGCGUCGUGGUCGUCCCGUGGCUCGCGUUCGGCCACCUGCUCCCGUACCUGGAGCUCUCCGAGCGGCUCGCCGAGCGGGGCCACAGCGUGACCUACGUCUCCACGCCGCGCAACCUCGCCCGCCUCCCGCCGGUGCGCCCCGCCGCCGCGCCGCGCGUGGACCUCGUCGCCCUCCCGCUGCCGCGCGUCGACGGCCUCCCCGACGGCGCCGAGUCCACCAACGACAUCUCCUACGGCGAGCGUAAGUUCCACUGGAAGGCCUUCGACGGCCUCGCCGCGCCCUUCGCGGAGUUCCUGGCCGCCGCGUGCGCCCACGAGGCCACCAGGCCUCACUGGAUCAUCGCCGACUGCUUCCAUCACUGGACCGCCUCCGCCGCCCUCGAUCACAAGGUACCAUUGGCGAUGCUUCAGCCGACCGCUGCUUCGAUCGCCGCUGCGCCACGCCCGCCGUCGGUGCACCCGGACCCCGAUGCUUCCGUGGCUGAACAGCCAGCCGCGGCCGCGCGCGCUGUGCCCCGUUACGAGCGGGAGGGGCACGCAGUGUUUAUCACUGGCCAUGGCGCGUCGUCGGGUGGCAUGUCCGGCAUCCAGCGCUUUAUCUUGACAAAAGACAGGUGCACGGUCGCGGCCAUGCGGAGCUGCAUCGAGUGGGAACCCGAGACAUUCCCUCUGGCGGAGACGGUCCUCGGCAAGCCGGUCAUUCCCCUCGGCCUUCUGCCUCCGUCAGCCGACGGAGCCCGCCGUGCCGCCGCCCAAGGAGCAGAGCACGCCACCGUGCAGUGGCUGGACGCGCAACCGCCCGACUCCGUUAUAUACGUCGCACUAGGAAGCGAGGUGCCGCUGCGCGUGGAGCAGGUGCACGAGAUGGCGUUCGGGCUAGAGCUCGCCGGGACGCGCUUCCUCUGGGCCUUGAGAAAGCCCAGCGGCGCCGCCGACGACGACAGCGCCGACAUGCUCCCUCCCGGUUUCGAGGACAGCACCAGCGGCCGCGGGCUGGUGACCACGGGGUGGGUUCCCCAGAUGAGCAUCCUGGCGCACGCGGCCGUGGGCGGGUUCCUGACGCACUGCGGCCGGAACUCGCUGGUCGAGAGCCUCCUGUUCGGGCACCCUCUGGUCAUGCUGCCCAUCUACGGCGACCAAGGGCCGAACGCGCGGCAGAUGGAGGCGAAGCUGGUGGGGCUGCAGGUGGCGAGGAACGAGGACGACGGGUCGUUCGACCGCCAUGGCGUCUCGAGCGCCGUCCGGGCCGUCAUGGUUGACGAAGAGGCCAGGAGGGGCUUCGUGGCAGGUGCGGCGAAGAUGCAGGCGGUCGUAGCCGAUACGGAUCUCCACGGUAGGUACAUCGACGAAUUUGUCGAGCACCUCAGAUCUUACGCCGCAGCAAGUGCAAACGCUGCAAACUGA